UACCACGUGUAAAGCAAUGGCAACAAAAAGAGUACAGAACAAUUAUGAUGAAGAUGAAGAAGAUGGCCGACCAAAAAAGAUUCCAAAGACAUUAAAAGAGAAGGACUCACAGAAAAGACUAGUACUAGUCCUAGAGAGAGCAAACUUGGAAACUAUUAAAAUUGGAAAGAACUUUGAGUUGCUGAAUUCUGACAAACACAAGUCCCAGAUAGCCAAAUAUGGUCGUGAAGCAGCAAGGCCAGACAUUACUCACCAGUGUUUGAUGAUGCUGCUUGACAGCCCUCUCAAUAGAGCUGGUAUGCUACAAAUAUACAUUCACACGGAGAGAAACGUCUUAAUUGAGGUACAUCCUCAAACGAGAGUACCCCGGACAUUUGAUAGAUUUUGUGGCCUAAUGGUUCAGCUGCUACACAAAUUGAGUAUACACGCUGCAGAUGGACCCAUGAAACUAAUGAAGGUUAUCAAGAAUCCCAUCACCGAUCACUUGCCAACAGGUUGUAGGAGGAUAGGUACUUCUUUCAAUGCUGAGCAGUGUCUGAGAGUGGGGCAGUUUGCUCGAGAUGGCCCUGUGGUGUUUGUGGUUGGGGCUAUGGCUCAUGGAAAGGUUUCUGUUGACUAUACUGAUCAGGAGAUUGCUAUUAGUGAGUAUCCAUUAUCUGCUGCCCUCACCUGUACAAAGAUAUGCUCUGCUUUUGAAGAGGCUUGGGGUAUACACUAACAAAACAACAAACGCCAUUCCUAUUUCACUGUUAUUGGUUUCAAAAUAAGUUAACUUCAAAAUAAUCAUAACAGUACUAAAUCUAAUUUUUGUGUUUUUAAAAUCUUGUAAUAAUGAUAAGUAAGAGCUACUAAGACAAGAUCAGAGAUAACA